GUACUUUUGCAGAUAUAAUGCUGUUGAACUGGUUGAUACACAAAUAUUUCUGAUGCAUACUGACGGAAGUGGUUUGAGGCGACUGACGAAAAGUGGGACAAAUUUGUGGCCCACAUUUCUGACCAAUAAACGAGUUUUAUUUACUUCAAAUGGCAUUUUAAAUGAUACAUUCAACAUUUUUGCUGUUAACAUUGAUGGAAGCGAACUAGAACAGGUCACCGCUGAUCGUGAUUAUAAGAAUUUUUAUCCUGCAGUUUCUCAUGAUAGCUUGAAAUUGCUGUGGAGUCGAAGUACCAUUAACGCACAACAGCUGGAUUUGUAUAUGGCAUUAAUUGACAGAAUUUGAAGUUUGUUAUGAAGUGGGA